UGCUGUGGAGGAUAUAACGGGAGAAGGCAGUUCACCAUGGCACAAGCCGGGGAUGAGUGGGAGCUGUCCAAAGAAAAUGUUCAGCCUCUUCGACAAGGGAGAGCUAUGUCCACUCUUCAAGAAGUUCUUUCCCAGCAAGAAAGUUCUAACCAUCAUAGCAUCCAGCAACAGAAGCAAACAUUUGAGUUAGAACUUCGCUUCUACAAUGGUGAUGACCCUUUGGAUGUCUGGGACAGGUAUAUAAAAUGGGCAGAACAGGCAUACCCCCAGGGUGGUAAGGAAAGCAAUCUGUCUCCUCUUCUGGAGAGGGCAGUCAGAAUGUUCCACCAGGAGAAGCGCUAUUAUGAUGAUUUGCGCUACCUUAACAUCGCCAUCAAAUUUGCUAAUUGUUGCACAGAACCAGUAGAUUUGUACAGCUACUUACACAGCCAAGGGAUUGGACUGCUACAUGCACAGCUGUACAUUGCCUGGGCAGAGGAAUAUGAAGCUAAAGGCAAUUUCAAGAAAGCAGAUUCCAUACUCCAGGAUGGCAUCCAACGCAGAGCUGAACCUCUGGAUAAACUGGAGGCCAGUCACAAGCAGUUCCAGGCCCGGGUUUCUCGUCAAGUGUUUCAAAGUCUCGCUGAUGGAGAGGAUGAGGAAUCGGAAUCCUCUGAACUUCAGCGCAGUUCCCUGGUGGAUUUAAAAGCCAGGGGGAAAAAUAAAGCAAGAGCUCCAGUGAGCAGAGUGGGAGACGCUAUCAAACGUAAGUCCUGCUUCAGAAAUCUGUUUCUCUUGAAUAGGUCACCAGCACUCCAAACUAGCCGUGCACGCUUUGCUGUCUUUGAUGAAAACUCAAGCAUUCCUGCCCCUCAAAGUCAGCCAAUACUUUCUGCUGAACCCUGGGCAACAUUGCCUCAAUCACGGGCCAAAGAAAAUGAGCAAAAAGCAGGGCAGUGGAACUCCGGCCGGCCACGCAGCACUCCUCAGACAUCCAGCCAUGACCCAACUCCAAGUCUUCCCAGCUUCACGCCCUAUGUGGAUGAACUGGCAGAGCAUCAGACAGUUACCCCGUGCAAGAUUAACCCUUCAGUUACUAGUGUCCUGAGUGCUCGGAAGCAUAGCAAGGAGGAGGAUCCUCUACAGAGACUGCAGAGCAGCACACAAGGAAAAGAAGAGAAGGUUAUGUACUGUAAAAACAAAGUGUAUGCUGGAAUGGAAGAGUUUUCUAUUGAGGAAAUCCGUGCAGAAAUGUACAUGGCGAAGGUCCGCAAGAAGAGAGAAGAAGAUCUCCUAGCCAGUGCUCUUCGACGACAGGAGAUGGAGAGGCAGAUUGAAGAAUUGGAGAAGAGGCUAAAAGGCCCAUGCACUGAAAACCAAGAAGAAGUGAGCGUGGAGGAGGCACCAACUGAAGGCUCCAGUAGAGUGUCCGGGACGGUGGAAAGUGAGCCCCAAUCUGGGCCAGCCACAGUGUCCAGUGCUUGUACUCCUUCAGACAAAGAUGAUGUGGAUCCUGAGCAACGCAGCCUUCCUGCUUUCCUGUUCCCAAGCAUUGACGUCUCACCUCUGAAUCAGAACGAACCCAAAUCAACUGACCUUUUGCCAACACUGACAUCUGAUGUACCAUUCACCAUUUUUGAUGAAACAUGUGAAACACAACCUAGCCUAGCUUCUCCGAAUCUGAACAGGAUGCCAUCAACUGCCCGUCGCCCACUUGCUGCUGUUUCGAAAGCAUUUGUUCAUGACGAAGUCCCACUCACGGACACUCUAGAUGGCAUUGAACCCUUGAAUGAAGAGGCUAUAGUGUCUGGGUCGGACAGGAACAAGACUUUGUUUGCAGAACCAGACGAUACCUGUGACUUCGUGAGAGCUGCUCAGCUGGCGUCCACACCGUUCCACAAGGCCAAGGACGAGUCAGAAGAUAGUGACACAUCUGGUCUGGGGAGGUUUCCACUUAGAGAGAAAACUCCAGUGCAUGAGGAUUAUUUCCAACAAGUUGCUUGUCCCAAGAAGUUGAGCCCAAUUUUAGAAGCGAGUCGAGAAGAUACUCCUUCCUCUGUGUCGUCUGUCUCUACCGGAUGUACUAGCCUGCUCACCUUCAAGACUCUGCUUGUCCAAGAGAAAACGGACCAUACAGGCCAGAUGUCAGGAGUGUAUGAACAAGCUCUGGACUGCUCUGUGGAUUUAGAAGAACUGCAUAGAAGCUUGCUGCUGCCCAUAUCUGAACUAUUGACAUCAGAACAUAUCCACCAGGAGGCCAGUCCGAUGCCCCCUAUCAAGGGCCAGGAAGAGAUGCACCUUGGUGGUGAAACGUAUCAACUAAGAAGUGACAUUAGUUUAGGAGAGAGCAGCAACCUUUUUAUAGCAACACUGCCAGAUCUGGAGAUGGAAAGUGUGAAAUACGUAGCUAUAAAGGUGGAUUCCCAGCCAGUUCCAUGGGAUUUCUACAUUACACAGCAGCUGACAGAGCGGCUCGGGGAGGCUUUUGGCAAUUAUUUUUUAGAGCAAAACAACUGCUACCUCUUCCAGGAUGGCUGUCUGACUAUUUAUAAGGAUGCCAGUCACGUUACCAUUCAGGACAUACUUGAAGACAGAGAGACUUUGACUGAGGAGGUCAUUAUUCUAUUGACAUACAAUUUGCUGAGUCUUGUAGAAAAGCUCCAUUCGGUAGAAAUCAUCUACGGAGACCUGAGGACAGAAACCCUUCUGCUGGACAACAAGAUGUUUGACCUGUCUUCUUGUACAGAGAUGUACGGUUGCAUCAAGCCAACAGACUUCUCUCACUGCAUGGAUAUGCGGCUGUGUCCUACGCUGACAUCAAGAAGUUUACCCAUAGCACAAACUGAGUAUGGAAAGCAGGUCCUAGCCGGCAGAACUUCACCUUACCAGGUGGAUCUUCUUGGCAUUGCAAAUGUGGUACACUUAAUGAUCUUCAGCGAGUGCUUGCAGGUCCACCAAGAAGAUUCUGUUUGGAAAAUAACCAAGGAUAUUCCCGGAUUGUGGCGUGGAACUCUCUGGAACGCUUUCUUUUCCAAAAUCCUAAAUACGGAAAGUGAAUCUCCAGCAUAUGUGUUGAAGGAACUCAAGGAUGAGAUGGAGCAGUUAUUGGACAGCUUUCAAGAUGAGCUUUGUAAUUAUUUCAUCCAGCUAGAAACCAAUCUUAGCCCCCUAUAAGAUCUCCAGCCGCACUUC